CGCACCGCCCUCGUCGUCGGAGCCGGCCUCGUCGGCACCCUUGCCGCCGCCAUGCUCGCCUCGCGUGGCUGGACCGUCACCCUCCUCGAGGGCCGCUCCGACCCGCGCCUCGGUACCCACGCCGAGCGCGCCCGCUCCAUCAACCUCGCCCUCUCGCCGCGCGGCAUCGAGGCCCUGCGCAGCGUCAGCGACGAGCUCGUCGACCGCGUCCUCGAAGACGGCAUCGAGAUGCGCGGCCGCAUGCUCCACAAGAUCGCAAAGGGCAAGGGCAAAAGUCGCGUCGACAAGGAGGCGCAGGACUAUGGCCGCUACGAGGAGGAGGGCGAGUGCAUCCGCUCCAUCUCGCGCACGGCGCUCGGCAUCCACCUCCUCGACCACGUCGACGGCCUCGCCAAGUCGGGCCGCGGCAGCGUCACGACCCGGUUCGACACCCGCCUGAGCGGCAUGGACCUGCGCGUCGACCAGGGCGUCGACGUCGUCCUCGAGCACAAGGGCGCCGAGCCCGAGAAGCGCCACUUUGACUUUGUCCUCGGCGGCGACGGCGCCUACAGCCGCGUGCGGCAGGAGAUGAUGCGUGGCUCUCGUAUCCGGUUCGACUAUCACCAAUACUACGCGCGCCACUCGUACCUCGAGCUCUCGAUCCCGGCGGGUCCAGACGAGACGUUCCUCCUCGAGCCCAACUACCUGCACAUCUGGCCUCGCGGCGAGUUCAUGCUCAUCGCCCUCGCCAACCAGGACAAGUCGUUCACCCUGACCCUGUUCGCCCACGACUCGACCUUCUCGACCAUCGACGCCGAGCUCGCGCGGCGGGCCGACAAGGGCGCCGACACCGACAAGGACGGCGCCGAGCACCCGGUCAUCGAGCUCUUCCGGCGCGAGUUUCCCGACGCGCUCGAGCUCAUGGGCGACGAGGCGCUCGUGCGGUACUGGCGCGAGAAUCCCAAGGACGGGCUCAUCACGGUCGAGGCGUCGCCGUACCACUUCCAGGACAAGGUGCUCAUCAUCGGCGACGCGGCCCACGCCAUGGUCCCCUUUUACGGGCAGGGCAUGAACUGCGGCUUCGAGGACGUGCGGGUCCUGUCGUCGAUCCUCGACGAGUUUGGCGCGUCGCCCUCGCCGCUCGUUCCCUCGACCCUCCCUUACUCGUCCAUCAUGCCGGCGCUCCCCUGCGUCCCGGCCACCGACCCGUCGCGUCCCGACGCCAAGCCCAAGCCCGAGCACACGCCGCUCGGCAUCGCCCUGUCGACCUACACGCUGUACCGCGCGCCGUCCCUCUCGGCGAUCCAGCAGCUCGCGCAGCAAAACUACACCGAGAUGGCGUCGAGCGUCCUGUCGCCCCUGUACCUCUUGCGCCAGUCGAUCGACUCGCUCCUGAGCCGCGUGUGCGCGCUCCCCGUCUUUGCCCCGCGAGACCGCGACCGCUCGGACCCGACAAAGGACCGCGGCGGGCGGUGGGAGAGCCUGUACCGCAUGACGACGUUCCGCCCGGGCGUCGCGUACGACGAGGUCAUUCGCCGCAGGGAGUGGCAGAGUCGCGUCCUCGAC